GUUUCAACCAAUCAGCGCUUUGCCACCUCAGGUGUGGCGCCAGUAAUAUUUUUUAUUAACGAUAAUUUUAAGCACCUUCUUGUUGAUUGUUGAUGCGACGCAUAAUUUGUGACGCGCGCAGGAUAAGCGCUAACGCUUGACCAAGGCGCCUGCUACCGGUCAGGCACAAAGUCGGAAGUAACGCCAAGUUUCAGCUUCAGUCGCACGUCGAUUAUUCGAGUGAUAAGUUUAUAGCCUCUGCUGCUAAAUAGCGUUGCAAAUCGGCCACACAAAAUGCAGCAGCAAACCCAAUCAACGCCACUCGAUGUGGAGAACGUAAUUAAGUCCUCGAAUUCCACACCGACACCCGGUCAGCUGACAGCGCUAUCCGUGCCACCACGUCCGUCUUCUCCGCGUCAAUUCUUCGAACGUCUUUACGGUCAUCUCGAGACUCGAACACACAAUAGUGAGAGCGAUGACAUCGAUGUGGGCACUCACCAUGAGACGCCCUAUCAGAGCGACGGCGGCAGUGCAUCCUCUCCGGAUAUCUCAAUAAGUGACGAACGCGCCUCACUGAUCAGUUUCCCGUCAUACGAAUUAAUCGCUCCUGCUCCGCCGGAAUAUAAUCCCUAUAGAACCAUUCCCAAUGCAACUUCACCGACCCUUCUGUCCUACCCGGCUUUUUCGGCUGAUGCUCAAAUCAACGCUGGAUUUUCAGCAUUUUUGGCUCGACGUCGGCGUAAGGAAGGGCGACAGAGGCGACAGCGCACCACAUUUAGCACGGAGCAAACGUUGCGGCUGGAGGUGGAGUUCCAUCGGAACGAGUACAUAUCGAGGAGUCGACGCUUUGAGCUGACGGAGACGUUGUGCUUGACUGAAACUCAAAUCAAGAUAUGGUUUCAAAAUCGACGCGCCAAGGAUAAGCGCAUUGAGAAGGCGCAAAUUGAUCAGCACUACAGGAACUUUGUCGUGGCCAAUGGUUUUAUGAGCACCAUCAUGGGACAAACGAGUUACGCGACGGCAGCGCCGGCUAACAGUACAGCGGUAGCGGCGGCGGCCAUGUUAGGCAGCGGCUACUAUGCCGCACCGACGGCAAUGCCCGCCCUGCUGCCUACGCCGCUGCCCAAGGAUAGGCUCAUAAAUAACGGGCACAGUGCGAAUGGUAAUUAUGUUGACAUCGCGGACCACCACCAACAAGAACCACACCAAACCCAUGUGCCUCCUGACCAACAGCAACAACAACAGCGGCAAAUACAACAGCCGCAGCAGCAGCAGCAGCGUCGCAACCAUUUAGUGCCUCCGCCAAGGCUUAUCAAUUCGUGUUAA